AUGGUCAACUCCUGUUGUGGCUCCGUGUGCUCUGACCAAGGCUGUGGCCAAGACCUCUGCCAGGAGACCUGCUGCCGCCCCAGCUGCUGUCAGACCACCUGCUGCAGGACCACCUGCUACCGCCCCAGCUGCUGUGUGUCCAGCUGCUGCAGGCCCCAGUGCUGCCAGGCUGUGUGCUGCCAGCCCACCUGCUGCCGCCCCAGCUGCUGCAUCUCCAGCAGCUGCCACCCCUCUUGCUGUGAAUCCAGCUGCUGCCGCCCCUGCUGCUGCCUGCGUCCAGUCUGUGGCCGAGUCUCCUGCCACACCACUUGCUAUCGCCCAACCUGUGUCAUCUCCACCUGCCCCCGCCCCAUGUGCUGUGCCUCCUUUUGCUGCUGA